CGCGGCGAUUAUUGCUGUUUUUGGAAACUUUCACUCACUGUACGCGGCGACUCCUCUCUUUUGCAACGGGAUAGUUAUGGCAAACGUUGGAACACGCUGUUUUUUGCGCAUGGGUGACGAUCAAGUUGAAAAUGCAAGGAUCGUACUCGAUUUUGUGGUAAUGCAACUGCAACAGAAAACUGCGCAUUCAAACCAAGUAUUUGAAUCCAUCGGUCCUGACGCGGUAUAUACAACUCGGCCUUGGGCGCUUGUGUUUGUGAAUGAAACACAAGACUUGACCCGUGCUCUCAGGGACGACUUUGGGGUGUCGUCGUUGGAAAAGCGUCAAUGGCUUGAGAGCAUACGCGUUUGUCAAGUGGAGAGUGUUCAUCAACUGAAAGCGAUACUGUGUGCCAUGCACAUGGACGACGCGCAGCCAUUGCCUGUUGUUGCUGGACCAGGACCACGGCCGUCGUCGGAUUUGUUAUCAUGGAUGCAAACUGAACGUGACAAUCAGCCGCCAUGCCUUAUUGUUGUCAAUGAUUUGUUGAAAUGGACGGGUACUGGACGAACAAGCGAAAACGUGCUCGUACCUUGGCAGCCAUGCAAGGCCAGCAUGGGAUGACGCCUUUGGACGUCAUACGGAACAGACAACCGAUCUGCUGGUGACGGAUGGUGCGAAUGUGGGCGCCGACGACCGAUUGCUUAAAGUGAUCUCAUACUACUGCGAUUCUAUUCUUUGAAA